AUGGGUGGAAGGGGAGAGAUGAAUGGACAUAUAAUGGGUGGAAGCGGAGAGUUGGAUGGACAUAUGAUGGCUGGAGGUGGAGAGAUGGAUGGACAUAUCAUGGGUGGAAGAGGAGAGAUGAAUGGACAUAUGAUGGGUGGAGGGGGAGAGAUGGAUGGACAUAUCAUGGGUGGAAGGGGAGAGAUGAAAGGACAUAUGAUGGGUGGAGGGGGAGAGAUGGAUGGACCUAUGAUUGGUGGAGGGGGAGAGAUGGAUAGAUAUAAGGUGGUUGGAGAGGGAGAGAUGGAUGGACAUAUAAUGGGUGGAGGGGGAGAUGGAUGGACAAAUGAUUGGUGGAGGGGGAGAGAUGGAUAG